UCGAAACGUUUGCCGCGAAACGCAACAUUCAAUAUCCGAUCGAAACGUUUACGAUAUUUUCCCUCAUUUCGGUUUCUCCUCCAAACUCCAUAGCUCAUUAGCUUCGAUACCUUCAUCUUCAUCAUCUUCAUGCACAGACGAAUAUACUCGCUUUUACUCACACUCUCAGAAUCUGAUUUGUAAAAAAGCCAAUUCUUUGAGUACGCGAUGGAAAUGGAUUUGAUUGCGAGUGGCGUGGCUGAAGAAGACGCUGUUCUUGAACUUGAUGAUUACAAUAAUAGUGAUGUUGCUAAUUUCGGAGGUGAAAGAUGUGGUAUUUGCAUGGAUAUUAUCAUUGAUAGAGGGGUUCUUGAUUGUUGUCAGCACUGGUUCUGUUUUGUAUGCAUUGAUAAUUGGGCUACAAUCACAAACCUUUGCCCUCUUUGUCAAAAUGAGUUUCAAUUGAUCACUUGUGUUCCUGUAUACGAUACUAUUGGGAGCAGCAAAGUUGACGACGACUCUUAUUCUAGAGAUGAUGAUUGGUCCAUCGAAGGGAAGAAUAACACUCUCUCUUUUCCGUCCUAUUAUAUUGAUGAAAAUGCAGUUAUCUGCUUGGAUGGAGAGGGUUGCAAAAUUCGAAGUGGAUCAGUCACUGCCGAGGGAGAUUCCAAUCUUGAUACAUCAAUUGCUUGUGAUUCAUGUGAUUUAUGGUAUCAUGCUUUCUGUGUGGGAUUUGAUCCUGAAAGUACUUCUGAGAAUACUUGGUUAUGCCCAAGGUGUAUUGUUGACGAGGUUUCACCAAAGCCAGAUGAUAAUUUAGAACACGGUUCGAACUAUCCUUGUAGUUCUGAAAAUGCAAAUACAGAGUGUGCGGCCAGGGACACUUACUCUAAGAAGGUGUCUAUCUCUGUUGCUGAUGCUGGGGAAACAGCUAUAGUUGUCUCUAUGGUUGGAGAUGGUAAAUUAGCUGAAGAACCAAGGGAGAUUAUUCAGCCAAAAAUUGAAGUUGAUGAGGAAUUGGUUACUCAAACUUUUAUCUUGACUUCUGAAGAUGAUAGUCAGAAGUUGACAGCAUCAUCCAUGGAAAUAUCAACAACUCAUCCGACUUUGAAAGCUCGGGAACUUGAACUGUCCUUAUCAUGUGAUAUAUCCUUAAAUGCUGAUAAAUCCCUAAAUGAGCGUAGUAGUUUUGGAGGCAAUAAAAUUUCUUCAGUGGAGUUAGCUGAGGAAUCACACAUCAGUAACAUUCCCUCUGAUAAUAGUUCUGUUAUGGGUGUUCAUCUCGGUCUUUCUGUGGGAUCAUUCUUGUCUGUUGAUGAAAUGGACAAUAAUGGAACUAAAGAUCAAAUGAAUGAAGAUGUAAAAGAGAACAACGAUUCAAAGGAGCAUAUAUGUAAAGCUGAUAAGACUAUAGCCAAUGCCAAAGUGAAUGUGCCUGGAACGACUGCUGUAAAGAGAAAGCAUUCGAACUGCAGGGAUGGUGAGAAAAAGAGUGAGAUAGAAACUUCUUCAAAGAAAAUAAAAACUGAGGAGGGGAUUCAACCGAUUUCGCCUGAGGACAAGACCAGGUCAUAUGCCUUAGAUGACUCCAAAAAUGGCAUGAUGAUUGAAAAUCCUACUGAUUAUAAGGAUGUUCGUCCUGAAAAGGGUAAUGCCCCUGCUGACAUAAUGAGUAUUGUUCAAGGGAAAAACCGUAAAACUUCCAAGAGGACUCGAUUACCAAAUACUGGUGAUAAAUCUUCAAAAGAACCAGAAAACAUGGCUGGUUUGAGAGUAAAGAAGAUCAUGAAGAGAACUGCUGAGGACAAUGAGUCAUCUGCGGCAGUUCAAAAUCUAAGAAAAGAAAUAAGAGAAGCAGUUCGUAGCAAAUCUGCUAAAGAUAUUGAUGAAAAUCUUUUCGAUCCAAAGCUUCUUGCUGCCUUUAGGGCUGCUGUUUCGGUACCUAAAGAUGAAUCGGUUAAGACUUUGUCGCAUUUGGCUGUGAAAGGAAGAAAGUCAAUUUUGCAGAAGAGUAAGGUGCGUGAGAAUCUAACAAAGAAAAUAUAUGCUACUAAUAAUGGAAGGCGAAAACGUGCAUGGGACCGUGAUUGUGAAGUUGAAUUCUGGAAGCAUCGAUGCCUGACUACUUCAAAGCCUGAAAAGAUUCAAACUUUAAAGUCAGUUCUCGACCUUCUAAGGAAGGAUCCAGAGAACACUGAAACAGAACAAACAUCUGAAAGACAGGGGAGCAAUCCAAUUCUUUCACGGCUAUAUUUAGCUGAUACAUCUGUAUUCCCACGGAAGGAUGAUAUCAAGCCACUAUCUGCUCUUAAAACAUCUGGUGAUUCGGAUAAACAACCCACAGCGGGGAAAUUUCCAAAGGUGUCUAUUAGUGCUUCAAGUUCUGCAGAGACUGACAAGGGUCUGUCAAAGGUUGUUAAAAAGAACAACCUUCCGAGCCAAAAGAGUAAUGCUGCUUCUAGUAAAGCUCAUCCAACCCGACACUCAGAAGGAUCAUCAGUUUCUUCAUUAGGCAGUUCCAAAUCUAAUGCCUCUAAGGAAGUUGCUGCUAAAUCUGAUGAUAUGAAAAAGGAUAAAAGAAAAUGGGCCUUGGAGGUUCUUGCCCGAAAAACAAGUGGUGCACGUGAGGGGGCAGCAAAUGAAAACCAGGAAGACCUUGCCGUGUUUAAAGGAAGUUAUCCUUUGCUAGCUCAGCUACCAAUUGAUAUGAGACCAGCGUUGGCUCCCAGUCGCCACAAUAAAAUUCCCAUGUCAGUGAGACAGGCACAACUUUAUCGCUUGACAGAGCAUCUUUUGAGGAAAGCAAAUCUGCCAGUCAUUCGUAGAACCGCAGAAGCAGAAUUGGCAGUGGCAGAUGCAAUUAAUAUAGAAAAGGCAGUUGCUGACCGAUCGAGCAGCAAGCCGGUGUAUCUGAAUCUAUGUUCCCAGGAGAUAUUGCAUCGAUCAGAAACCAGCAAGUCCAGCGGAGCUCCAGACGUUGAUAACUCAAUUCCAUCUUCAAACUCUACCGAAAAAUCAGGACAAUCUGAAAAAGAAAAUUCAGAUAAUCUUGUAAUUGAGGAUGCAUUGAAAAAUGCUGGUCUCUUUGAUUCUCCUCCUAAUAGUCCAGAUCAAAGCACGGAAAAUCUGCCUGAAGAAGGAUCCUUAAAAAGUAUCAGAGAAGAAGGUCCCGAAGAUGUAAUUGAAAUGGGUGAGGGUCCUGAUCUGGAUAUUUAUGGUGAAUUCGAGUAUGAUUUGGAUGACGAGGACUACAUCGGUGUCGGUGCUGCAAAAGUCUCUAAGGUCAUUCAACCGGAAGAAGGUGCUUCAAAAUUGAAAGUAGUCUUUUCUACAUUUAACUCUGAAAAAUCAGGCACUACAUUGGAUUCGGAAAAGACACAGAAUUCAGAGAUGCUUGGGAAUCAAACUGGCGCAGAAUCAACGAAAGAAGACGGGGUUGAAAAUCCUUGCAUUCCUCAAGAAAAAAUAUUCGGUGAAGAAGGUGAAGAGCCUUCUGUUGCAGAGUGCGAAGAACUCUACGGCCCAGAUAAAGAACCAUUGAUAACUAAAUUUCCAGAAUCGAUAAAGCCUUAUGUUGUAAACAAUGCAGAAGCUUCAGCUGGAAAUGAACCUUCUAAGAGUCACGAAACUAGUGUAGGCCGCAACUCCUCAGCUGGAGAAACUUCACCGAACCGUUCAGAAGUAGGCGAUACUGUUCCACAGAAGGAUAAGAAAUCUAAGGAAGACACUACAAAGCGGCCAGACAAUUCCAUAUCUAAGAAGGUGGAAGUGUACAUCAAAGAACACUUGAGGCCAUUGUGCAAAAGUGGGGUAAUCACAGUUGAACAAUACAGGUGGGCUGUGGCGAAAACAACCGAAAAGGUUAUGAAAUACCAUUCUAACGCCAAGAACGCUAACUUUCUCAUCAAGGAAGGGGAGAAAGUGAAGAAACUUUCUGAGCAGUACGUCGAGACAGCCAAGCAGAAGUCGAAAGGCGAUCUUUCGUAAAGAAUGGACAUGUUGUCAAUUCUCAUAUUGUUCAUGGCUUCCUUCUUUUUCACAUUGUUCCAUUAUUUGGAGCUUUUGGUUCUCCCUUGCUAAUUUUUGUAAAGAUGACACUACUAAACACACAAGGAAGCAUUUUGUACAAGAUUUGAUAAUUCUAAUAGCUAUGUUUUCAUAUUGGCAUC